CCCCACCCCCACUUCCACCCCAAAAUACACCCUGAGAGUAACCAAAUUAACUUUGAUAUAUAGUAUUUUUCCUAUAUAUACCUUACAUCGAUGAGAUUACAUCUCAUAGCAAUCCACAAAAUGAGAGGAAGCAGUGCAUUAGUUAGCCUUUUAUCUCUGGUUUUGUUGUUCCUCCUUGAGGUCUCGGCCAAUCCAUCUCAUCCCAUUCAUUUGCCGGCCAAUGAAACGAUCCUUGGCCAGCUUGAACUAGCCGAGGGGGAGGGACAAUGCGGAAAACAAGGUGAUGGUAAAGAAUGUCCUAGUGAAGAGUGUUGUAGUUACUGGGGUUGGUAUGGAACCGGACCAGCUUACUGUGCUUCUGAAACCUGUCAAAGUCAAUGCCAAGAGCCAGAAGAGCCAGGUUUAUGCGGAAUACAAGGUGGUGGUAAAAAAUGUCCUAGUGGACAGUGUUGUACUGUAUUUGGUUUGUGUACAGCAGCAUCAGAUAUGUGUGAGCAUUUUUGUCAAAGUCAGUGCCCAACUACUCUAAAGAAGAACAGCAUGAGAGGCAUUCAAAGCUUCUUCAUCAAUGCUCUCUAAAUGAUAGAGGAUGUACUUCGCCGUCCAUAUGAUUUCCAGUUCCCAUCACAUUUACAUACACCAUCAUUGUAGGUGAAAUAGAUGCUAUCGGAACAAACAAACACCGUCAUUGUAGUUAUGGCGUACGUAAGCGUAUUCCCCUGAACAUUUUGUUAUAUACUUGAGUAUGAGACCACAGAUAUAUACCAAUCCACUCAUAUAUAUCCUUAUCUAUAUAUAUAGAAAAUGAUGAGAUCAAACCUAAUUUUGUUGUUGCUCAUCCUAAUUAUAAUUAAAGUCUCAUCAGCUAAAAAAGGAUAGGGGCGGAGCAAAAGUGAAAUGAGGAAGUUAGGAAGAAUUCGGUAACUUUUCUGUAGGUAAGAUAUUUGUACCGGAAAUAUCAGCAGUUAGACAUAAUAAGCCAGUUGCGAACCCAAGUUAUAUGGGUGUUUCAAUUGACUUAUUUUUAAGUAUUUUUAGCUUUUAAGCAUUUUUUCAGUUUUAUUAUUAUUUGACAAAGUAAAAAAAUACUUUUAAGUAUUUAUUUUUAAGUAAAAAAGUGUCAAAAUAAAUCAAAAGCUAAAAAGUAGGAUAAUACCAAUUUAUGGUUUUUGACUUUUAGCCAAUAAGGACAGACAAGUGAUGCUUUUCUAUUGAUGGGAAGUGGGUUCGAAACUCAUCGUGCCUCACUUUUUUUUCCUUUUACCUAGAACUUUUUUCCAUUACCCUAUGCGCUAUUUUUGUGAU